AUGGUCAGAUUAACUAGUGAAAUUGACUUUCCAGAGAAGGGGUUGAACAGUCAGCCACAAUUGUCUAUAGAAGAUAAAAUGUUUGUUUCAAAGGUUAAACAAACCAUCAGCAAAGAAGAUAAACAUUAUUGUAUCGGGCUACCAUUCAGAAGCAAUGCAGUAAUGCUGCCCAAUAACAAGGUUAUGGCAGAAAAGAGACUCGUACAAUUACGAAAAAGAUUGGAAAAAGACGUCAAGUUCCACAUGGAUUAUGCUGCGUUCAUGAGAAAUCUGCUUGAAAAAGGUUAUGCAGAAGAGGUGACAGGGGGUGAUUACAAGGAAGGUAAAUCAUUGUAUAUUCCACAUCAUGGCGUCUACCACCCACAGAAAAAGAAGAUUCGUGUGGUGUUCGAUUGUGCCGCUAAGUAUCAAGGCAUUGCACUCAAUGAUAUGCUGCUCCCAGGUCCUAAUUUGACAAGUAGCCUUUUGGGAGUGUUAUUGCGUUUUAGAGAAUAUGAGGUGGCAUUGAUGGCUGACGUGGAAGUGAUGUUCCAUCAAGUGCUUGUUCCCGAAAAAGACAGGAAUUUCCUAAGGUUUCUGUGGUUUCCAGAAGGAGAUCUUCAAGCUAAACCUGUGGAGUAUAGGAUGCGAGUACACUUGUUUGGUGCUGCAUGUGCCAAUUCAGCACUAUUGCAGGCCGCCGAAGAUGGUAAAGAUGUCAGCAACCACAAGGCAGUAGAAACGCUUAAGAGGAAUUUUUAUGUUGACGACUUAUUGAAAAGCGUUAGGUGCUCUGAUGAAGGUAUUCAACUAGUGACAGAUUUGAUGAAUGUAUGUGCUAAAGGCGGUUUUAAUUUAACCAAGUGGUCAAGUAAUGAUAAACAAGUCAUCGAAUGGAUCCCACGAGAGAAGAGAUCGAAGGAUCUCCAAGAUUUGAACUUGAAGGAAGAUGGGUUGCCACCUGAAAGAGCAUUGGGUGUCAAAUGGAGUCCUCAGGAUGACUUUUUGUGUUUUAGCCCACCAACUCGAGAGCAGCUCUGGACUAAAAGAGGUUUGCUGUCGAUUCUAAUAAGUUCGGUGUUUGAUCCGAUAGGUCUGGUUGCGCAAGUUAUUUUGCCAGCAAGAGUGGUGCUGCAGGAGACAAUCAAGGGUCACAGCGGAUGGGAUGACAUUGUUCCAGAGAAUUUGCUGAAACGAUGGAGGCAAUGGUGGUAUGACUUGCCCUUGAUUGAAGAGCUCAAGAUACCCAGAUGGUUAGGCAUGAGUCCUAACCACAAUAGUCAACUACAUGCAAGCGAGAGAGGCUAUGGCGUAGUUAUGUACCUUAGAACUGAAGGAGCAAUCAACUGUAAUAUAUUAUACAGUAGGUCGAGGGUAGCACCCUUAAAGAGACAAACGAUUCCGCGACUAGAAUUAACAGCAGCAACCCUUGCUGUGAAGAGUGUAGACCUAAUUUCUACAGAGAUGGAUGUUAAGUUCAGCAAUGUUUAUUACUGGACAGACUGUUCUGGUUUUGAAUUAUAUCAACAACACUAA